GGGAGUUCAGGCUUGAGGUUUUGCGCAGACGGCGUUGUGUUCGGGUGUUGAAAACGGGUAGAGCUUUUUGGGAUAGCAGGAGCCGAAAGCAAGUCCCCCCCUCUCUUUUUAGUUAUCGAAAGAAGGCCUUAUGUUUCACAGCUCGGACCUCAUCCGACGGCUAAAAGCUGUGUGACUGGAGCGUUCUGUUGCAGUUGGAGAGGUUAUUCUGCAGUUGGAGAGAGAGAGCGGUUCGGGAAGAGGAAACGUCCCGUCGCUCGUGCGGGGCCCCCUCGCGUGCCAAGUCAGGGGUGCCAUCUCCGUGUUGCUGCAUCAGCCGCAAGACAGAUGGGCACACUAUGUCACAGGCACCAUAAAGGUGCGGCUGCUUACAGAACUUUAACCCAAUCGCUGAACAUCUAAGGAAAUGAAGGCCACUUACUACCAGUUCUCAGAAGAACAAUAAAGAACUUGAAUUAAAAAUUUGGUACAUUUUUGUGUGACGAUAUUUGUCCAAAUAUCAGCACAAAGUGGUGUUUCUAAUUAGGAAAAAAACACAAUUCGUCUCUGCGUUUAGUGUUUUUGGGGUGAUAGAGUAAGAAAUUCAUCACAAUGAGCGCGGAAGGAUACCAGUACAGAGCGCUUUAUGACUAUAAGAAGGAGAGAGAAGAGGACAUUGAUUUGCACGUUGGGGACAUACUAAUUGUAAACAAGGGUGCGCUGUUGGGCCUCGGGUACGGUGAUGGAUUUGAGGAGAGGCCUGAGGAGAUCGGCUGGUUGCCUGGCUUUAAUGAGACCACGCAGGAAAAGGGUGACUUCCCUGGAACGUAUGUUGAAUACAUUGGAAGAAAGAAGAUUUCACCCCCAACACCAAAACCAAGGCCCCCCAGACCGCUGCCUGUGGCACCAAGCCCAGCCAGAGCAGACUCUGACAUGGAGCAGGGUGCUACCCUUCAGGACCUGACGGAGCAGUUUGCGCCCCCAGAGAUGGCACCCUUCAUGCUGGUCAAACUGCUGGAGGCCAUUGAGAAGAAAGGUUUGGAGUGUCCAACAUUGUACAGGACGUUCACAGCAGGGAAUGGACUGGAUGUCAGGCAGUGCUUUGAAAGUGAUUCCCCAUGUGCGGAGCUGGAUCAACUGGACCUCCAGGUUCUCUGUGAUGGCCUCAGGAGGUACUUGCUAGACCUGCCCCAUCCUGUGGUCCAUACAUCAAUCUACAGUGAAAUGGUGGAUGUUGUUCAAGAGGUGCAGAACCCCGAAGAGUGUGGGCAGCUGCUGCGCAGGAUUGCCCGCUCACCCAUCCUGCCAGCCCAGUACUGGCUGACACUCCACUGCCUGAUCAAGCACUUCUGCAGAGUGUGCCAGAACACAGCCAAGAACCUGCUGAGCGCCCGCAUCCUGGGAGAGAUUUUCAGUCCCCUUCUCUUCCGACAUCAAACAUCCAGUUGUGAGCCAAGCCCAGAUUCCAAUAUCAGGAUCAUGGAAGUCUUGAUCACCAGUGAAUGGAAUGAAAGCCAGGUUGCUCCAGCCCUACCUCCAAAACCACCGAAGCCAACCCCCAUCACAAACAACGGUAUGAACAACAACAUGGCACUGCAAGAUGCUGAAUGGUACUGGGGAGAUAUCUCAAGGGAGGAGGUGAAUGAGAAGCUGAGAGAUACAGCGGACGGUACAUUUUUGGUCCGAGACGCCUCAACAAAAAUGCAUGGAGACUACACUUUAACACUGAGAAAAGGGGGCAACAACAAACUUAUCAAAAUAUUUCAUCGGGACGGGAAGUACGGUUUCUCAGACCCACUCACUUUCAACUCUGUGGUUGAGCUCAUAAAUCACUACAGACAUGAGUCCUUGGCCCAGUACAAUCCCAAGCUUGAUGUGAAACUACAGUAUCCAGUGUCAAAGCACCAGCAGGAUCAAGUGGUGAAAGAAGACAACAUUGAAGCCGUGGGGAAGAAGCUGCAUGAGUACCACCUACAAUACCAGGAGAAGAAUAAAGAGUACGACAGACUGUAUGAGGAGUACACAAGGACAUCGCAGGAAAUUCAAAUGAAAAGGACAGCUAUUGAAGCCUUCAAUGAAACAAUCAAAAUAUUUGAAGAACAGUGCCAAACACAGGAGCGCUACAGUAAGGAGUACAUCGAAAAAUUCAAGAGGGAAGGCAAUGAAAAGGAGAUUCAGAGGAUCAUGGUGAACUAUGAAAAGCUCAAGUCACGGAUUAGUGAGAUAGUGGACAGCAAACGCCGUCUUGAGGAAGACCUGAAGAAGCAGGCGGCUGACUAUAGAGAGAUCGACAAAAAGAUGAACAGCAUCAAACCAGACCUCAUCCAGCUUCGCAAAACCAGAGACCAAUAUCUAAUGUGGUUGACGCAGAAGGGCGUCCGGCAGAAGAAACUGAAUGAGUGGCUUGGAAUCAAGAAUGAGAACACAGAAGACCAGUACUCUAUGGUGGAUGACGACGAAGACCUUCCACAUCAUGAUGAACGCACUUGGAAACUGGGCAAUAUCAACCGAAUCCAGGCUGAGGCUUUGCUCCGGGGAAAGAGGGACGGCACAUUCCUGGUCCGGGACAGUAGCAAGGCCGGUUGCUAUGCCUGCAGCGUAGUUGUCGAUGGUGAAGUAAAGCACUGUGUCAUCAACAAGACACCCACAGGGUAUGGUUUUGCAGAGCCCUACAACCUGUACAGCUCCUUGAAAGAACUGGUCCUCCACUACCAGCACACAUCCCUUGUACAGCACAAUGACUCUCUGAAUGUCACGCUAGCAUACCCAGUCUAUGCGCACCAGAGGCGGUGAGCACCCCCUGAAAUAACUCUGGAUUCACCACGGGAGACGCAUCUCAUGAGAAGCGAGAUGGCCUACACUCUGGGCUUGGAAAGAAGCGCAAACGCUGUUUCUUCAGACUUACCAGAGAAGUUGAGACAUCUCAGCAAGGGACUCCAUGCGAGGUGCUGAGAAGUGAAUGUAGUUUUUUUUUUUUUUUUUUUUUUUUUUUUUUUCUUUCUCCUCCCCCCCCUCUCUUCUCCCCUCCCUUCCCCUCUCUCUCUCCUUUCCCUCGUUUGUGCUUUUGCUGGAAAAGCACAAUCAUCCGAAAACUGCUGGUCUAUCUCUAAAGAGGAAGACAUAGAGGCCUUUUCUUAACGGUGCUUGCUGUUUUCAAAGCUUUACCAGCUGGAAUGUCAAAUGCUGAUAACCCCAGGGUGCGUCUUUUGUACAGUUCGCCAUGCCCUUUUGUAUUUUUAUUUCUCACCUGUCUCCCAGCGUGUGAGCGUGUUCGUGACCAAAACUCACGAUUCUGAACUUUUCCAGUUUUGGGAUAGUUGAUUUACAUUCAAGUGUUCAUUUAGUGUGUCUUGGAUCAGCUGAUAAAUGUAGCAAGAAGGCACUUUUCCACAAAACGAUAGUUUCCUGUACAAGUGUUGCAUCAACGAGGACACUCAUUGCAAGAUAGCAGCUUUUUCUUUUUCUUUAUCUGGAAGCAUUAUCAUGCAAACUUGAACCUUAUCUUCACUCUGGACAUGCAAAAUAUACAAGCAGGACAUAAUGGACAUAGUGAGUCAUUCAUUGUACAUAUUUUGAGGAGAAUAAAGUGAUUUAAACCAAUAGUACAGUACCAAAAAAAUGUUCAGAUCCUUUUUAUUUUGCUAUUUCUGCUAUGCAAUUCUGUAUUUCCUCAAAGCUGUUAACUUUACAUGUGGCUGUCCAUAAUAUAAGCUUGUUUUUAUUGCUUAGUUUUUUUUUUAUGUCAUGUCUGUGUCCAAGGUGGUGAUAUUUUAAGUGUCAAAAUGGCAAAGAAAUUGGCCUCGGUUUUAAAUAAAAUAGAGGAUUAGCUUACUUUACCAUGUAAUUUUUUCAGUGACUAGUCUGAACUCCACUGUAAAGCUUUUCUCAUUUUUACUUCUUUUUCUCCUAGGCAGAGCCUAUUGAGGAUUUGUAAGCUGCUUAAUUGAGUAUCAGAUUGUUUUAGGAGAGCCACCCCUAUUUUACUCCAGACAACUCAUUUCUGAAGUUUUACAGUUCUGAACAAAGGAUGAGUUUUAGCUGUAGUUUGAAUAUCGUAACAUUACUGGGUGCAUGCCUGAUGGAUUCAGUACCCUGGUGAUCACAAUUGCCAGGAUUACAGGAUAAUUAUUUUGUUGUGCAUUUCCCCCAAUGCAGAGUAAAUUGACUUGAAGUGUGGAAUGCAACAAAUUGUAAUAGCAAGAUCAGUUAGGAGACAAAAAUGCUACCUUCUCAUUCCUAGUUCAUAGUAUUUUUCUGUAUCAGAAAAUCCAUUAUGACUGUUUACAUGGAUAAGAGAAUUCAUGGCUAUUAAUCUUGAAUUUUAAUGGUAAAAACUGAGGCAAUGCCAAUAUAUAGAAAUUCUGUUACCUGAAGAAAAUAAAGUACCAAAAUAAAUUGAUGCCCACUGAA